CGACUGUCAAAGUUGAACAUCGGUCGCAAAUUCGCCGCCUCGGCAGGAAGCUGCUAGUGGCUGCUAGCAGUAGCAGAGCCUUUCUUCGAAGUUCCAGAAUUUGCAGAUCGUCUUCUGCACAAGGAAGGAAGAGGCGGACGACCUUUCCAAGUCCAGGCAAUUGCCCCUGCAGAAGUUUCUCCUUGCACUAAAAGCAUGGCUCCCGCAAAGGUUGCAGCCGUUCUGCUUCUGGCGCUUCUCUCGCUUGCGGCGGUUGCUCAGGGGGAGGCGCUUCUCAAGUUGACUGACGCCGACUUUGACACCAAGGUCACGGAUGGGAGGGCUUGGUUCAUCGAGUUCUACGCGCCGUGGUGCGGCCAUUGUAAGAAGCUGGCCCCCACGUGGGAGGAGCUGGCGGAGAAGCUGGUCGACCACGAGAACGUGGCGAUUGCCUCCGUAGACUGCACCGCGAACCAGGCGGUGUGCAAGAAGGCCGAUAUCAAGGGCUACCCCACGUUGGUUGUCUACUACAACGGGGACGCAUACAAGACGUACCAAGGUGCGCGCUCGAUCGAAGCCCUCGAGGAGUAUGCUGUCAAGACGGCAGCUGAGCUCAACCAAGAGGUUGUCGUCGAAGAAUGAUUUGUGACAGGAAUACAAGUUGUGACGUAAUCAGUUUGCAGUUAUACUUGAUUCCAGGUUCCGGUUUCAGUUUUAAGAUUUUUGCUUCGAGGGGAGCCGCUUUGCAGACGUCAAGGUGCAAGCUUGAGUUGAAGCUGUUUGGUUGACCAUUAAGGUAUAUCCAUUGUCACGGUGGACUAGGUUCAAAACCGGGCAUUGAUGCUUAGAUUCUGAUGUUCAUCCGAGAUCCGCUUUGCGAGCUCUAUUCAAUGACCCUUCUCCCCGUUUUGAGAGCAUCGGCGGCCAGGCCACG